CGUGAACGAUGUGCUAAACAUGGCCGCCUCCUGCUAGUCGUGGGGUUUCUUUUCUCAAAUUUGACUUUUCUUUUUUAAAGUUUUCUUUUCUGAAUGAUGAUAAAAACCAAGGAAAAAAUGUUGCCUGUUGAGGAACACGAGAAGAAGAAGGAGGAGGAGGAGGAGGAGGAGACUGAGGAGGAGACUGAGGACGAGGCGACUGAGGACGAGGAGGAGGAGGAGGAGGAGGAGAAACAGGAAGAAGGGCAGGAGAUUUGCAAUGACGAUGAAGAGGAAAGUACAGUUGGUGGUGAAAAGGAAGUUAAAGUAGUGCCACAAGCCACAGGAGAAAAUAUUCCUUCACCUGUCCUGAUUCUCAACAAUGAGGUGGUGAAGAUGAGGAAGGAGGUGAAAAGGAUUCGAGUUUUGAUCAUUAGGAAACUUUUCCGUCAAGCUGCAGUCCUGAAGAAGAAUAAGGGAAAGGAGGCAGAAAUCGAGAAGAAUCAGAGGAGAGCUGCAAGACUGAUGGAGGAGGUCCAGUGCAUGAAGAAGCUCAAACCAGACCUGGUUACAAAGACAGCCUUGCAGAUAACUCUCAACUUUGAACAAGUGUGCAAAAAUCCCAAGUCUACUCUUUCUGACCGAGCUAUUGCACGCAUCGCCACCCACCCUCAGUUCAAUAAGAAGAUUGAGAGCAUCAAAGCUGCUGUGCAAGCCUUCAAAGACGACCGUGUCAUAGGAAAGCUGGGAGGAAAGACAAAAGUUCAGAAGCAACCCGAAAAGGCAUCUCUGCCUUCUCCUAAAAAGAAGGUAGAAAGAGAGAAGAAGAAAAACAAAAAAGACAGGUCUGUUGGGCUUCAAAAAAUAACUGACAAUGAGAAGGUGGGAGUUGUCCUUAAAGACAAUGAAGCUGCAACUGCUGCCAACUUUCAGAGGGAAAUGGAGAAAGAUAAAUUGGUUGAUGUUCACAUAGAAAAUAUGUCAAAGUCUACGAAUGCUAGACCCGUGUCAGUACAAAAUAGAGAUGCAAAGGUCUUAGUGAAGGUUAAACCUCAAAGUAGAGCUCUGUCCGUUCCGGCAGCACCGAAGAAGAGCGCAGAUGAUGAUGAGAGUGACGUUGAGUCAUCGGAUAACGAACAGAGAGAGUACUUUGACGACAGCACAGAGGAGCGCUUUCACAAGCAGUCCUCCCAGUCAGAAGACAGCGAGGAUGACGACUUCUUUAUAGGAAAAGUAAGCAAAUUCAAGAAAAAGAAAAAGCAGAAAGACAAUGAAGGGGAGAAAAGUCCGGACCAAGAGGGUAAUGUGAAAAAGGAUCCAACGGGCAGCGAGGAAACUUCUGACAAGCUCCAGAUUGAACUUGAUAAACUUGAAGCCAGGCUGAAAUCAAAAACGCCUCAGUCUAUAUUCUGUUCAUCCUUGGGUGGGUCUAAGUCUGGUGGGGGUAUCAGCAGAGGGAGGGGCAGUGGUAAAUUUAGGGGCCAAGGAAAAUUUAAACGUGAUGUUGGCCAUGAAAAAGGAACUUCAGAGUCCAAAUACAGCCAGGCCUGUGCUGAAAGCGCACGUCCCGACAGAGUUGACAGAGGUUUUGCAUCUGGUGGGAGAGGGAGGGGACGAGGAAGAGGGGGUGUUCGGGGGCAAAAAGAUCACAGGGGUGGAGGUGUCUUUUCUCGUCAAGCACCACAGCCGGCGCUCCAUCCAUCCUGGGAGGCCAGCAAGAAAAGAAAAGAGCAGCAAGGACAAAUCCUGGCAUUCCAAGGGAAAAAGAUUAAGUUUGAUGAUGAUGACUGAGACUAUUACAGAGUACUUGGUUUCUGUCUUUUAUACCUUAUUAAGUUUAUGCCUAUUGCAUCCUAGAAAUGUCUGAAAAACAAUGACCUCAGCAUAUGUUAGUAAUGUCCUAAAAAGCAGUUAAAUCAUUCUCUAACUGUAUUGUUAAGAAAAAAAAAAACAACUAACAAUAUGUUUUUAUGAAACAGCACAUUGUAAAAAUAAAAUGUUGGCAUCGUCAGCGGACCUCU